AUGUACAAACUCUUCACACAGUCCUAUCUGAAAAAAGUAAAUAAAUCUAUCUAUCUAUCUAUCUAUAUCUAUCUAUCUAUCUAUCUAUCUAUCUAUCUCAGUUUAUUAAUUAUCUAUCUAUCUCAUCUAUUCCUAAUCUAUCUAUCUAUCUAUCUAUCUAUCUAUCUAUCUAUCUAUCUCAGUUUAUUCAUCUCUAUCUCAAAUAUUCACAUCUAUCUAUCUAUCUAUCUAUCUAUCUGUUGUGGAUUCCGGGAUGAAAUCCAGUCUCAAAUGAUUGAUUCAUAUCUACCAAAAUAUUCAUAUAUCUAUCUAUCUAUCUAUCUAUCUAUCUAUCUAUCUAUCUAUCUAUCUAUCUCAUUUUAUUCAUGUCUAUCAGCCUAUUCAUAUCUAUCUAUCUAUCUAUCUAUCUAUCUAUCUAUCUAUCUAUCUAUCUAUCUCGAUUUGUUCAUCUGUUUAUAUCCAUCAUGCCUCCAUGAAUGUAUCUCGGUUUGUUUUUAUCUAUCUAUCUAUCUAUCUAUCUAUCUAUCUAUCUAUCUAUCUAUCUAUCUAUCCCAGUCUCUUCAUUCAAUGAAUCUAUCUAUCUAUCUAUCUAUCUAUCUAUCUAUCUAUCUAUCUAUCUAUCUAUCUAUCUCAGGACCCUUUAAUAUAUUGGCGCUAUACUAUCUUCAUCGGCUCUUGAUCUUGCAUUUGGGUUGUUAUCGGAUCACGUCUCGCUUAAUCUCCGUUUUUCUUUAUUUUUUUCUUCUUCCUCACAUUUUUUUUUGUCUUCUUCCUUCAUUUUUCUCCCCCACCAUUUUUUCUCUUUUUUUUGUCUUUUUCCUUCCCUUUUUUUUCUCUCUUACAACGUCUUUCCUAUCUAUUCCACUUUUUUGUUCAGUAUUUUCUUAUGUUCUUUAG